AUGGCAUCACUUUUGAAGAUGAAUUCCAAUGUUUAUAUUCAGGGAACUUGGAAAAUAGUGAAGGCAGUGAAGUGCGGAAUUUCUGGCAUCCAUUUGGUGCUGGGCACUGUGUCGUUGGGAGUUGGGGCGAUUGAGAAUGAAUAUGGCAAAGGAGGUAAAGAGUAUCGGAAAUGGGCGGCUAAGAAGGCUCUAAGUCUUGGUGUUGGGGUCCCAUGGGUCAUGUGUAGACAACAGGAUGCUCCAUAUGACAUCAUUGAUACAUGCAAUGCAUACUACUGUGAUGGAUUUAAACCAAACUCUCAUAACAAACCAACAAUGUGGACAGAGAACUGGGAUGGAUGGUAUGAACAAUCACAUCCUUCAAGGUUGCGUGUUUUUUCCAACGUGGAGGAAGCUUUCAAAACUAUUACAUGUAUUUUGGCAAAACAAAUUUUGGACGCACUGCAGGGGGACCCUUGCAAAUUACAAGUUAUGAUUAUGUUGCUUCAAUUGAUGAGUAUGCUGCGUGAACCAAAAUGGGGUCACUUGAAAGAUUUACAUGCUGCUUUGAAGCUUUGUGAGCCUGCCCUGGUGGCCACUGAUUCACCAACAUAUAUAAAACUGGGUCCAAAUCAGGAGAUAGGCACUCUGAGCAUGCUAAGGUCACGGUUUCAAUCAUUGCCUGGUGCAUUCAACACAUGUUUGGUUCCUUUUGAUAAGAAGCAAAAAGGAAGAUUCUCUUCUCAAAGAAAUUUGCUGAGAUUACUGCAAGCAAAAGAAAUGAAGCUACCAAAUUUGCACAAUUAUGGAAUGAGAUUAUUUGCAGUUUCCACGAGGAAGAUCUCAUAAGUGAUAGGAAAGGACCUCAGAUCCAAUCUCAAAAGGAUGUCUUGUAUAAUCUAUCUAGUAUAUUCAUCACAACAUCCAUUUUGUGCUUGCUUCAAAGUAUGAUAUGUUCCCUUAAGUUGUUUUUAUUAAUAUAAAUUUAUCACACUCAAUUAUCAAGGAUCACUAGUAUUAAGAAUUUUAUACUGAUGGUCUGAUUUUCCCAUUAACUCAAAAAUCUUGGCAUUUCAUUUGUUCUAAAUUACAAGAAAAUGUCACGUAAGCAGUACAAUAAGAUCAAUGGGCUACUUCCCUUGAGGAUU